UUGUCAUUCUCCUUGCCCUGCGAUUCCAUGGAGAGCAUUAGGGCAUAGGACAAAUGCUAGGGCAAACGCUAUGAUCUUAGAUCUGGCGGAGGGAUGAUCGCGGGAUUGAGCGCGGAGGAGGCGCGGGCCAUCUCCAGGAUAAAUGUGGGCGCCUCCGCCUUCUCCUUCGCUGGAUCCUUCUUCAUCGUCGCGUGCUUCCUCCUCUUCAAGGAGCUUCGCAAGUUCUCAUUCCGCCUCGUCUUCUACCUCUCGCUCUCUGAUAUGUUUUGCAGCUUCUUCAAUCUCUUGGGUGAUCCUGGAAGACGAGGCUUCUUGUGCUACAUGCAAGGCUACUGUACGCAGUUCUUCUCGGUGGCAUCGUUUCUAUGGACGACCGCCAUCGCGUUUACGUUGCAUCGAACUGUGGUGAGGCACAAAACAGAUGUGGAAGAGCUCGGUCCAAUCUUUCAUCUUUACGUCUGGGGAGCUUCUCUUAUCAUGACUGUUCUUCCAUCUGUGGGAACUGACUAUGGCGAAGUUGGAGCUUGGUGCUGGGUGCAGACCAAAGCCGGAGAGGUCCUUCGGUUUAUAAGUUUCUACGUUCCCUUGUGGGGGGCCAUCUUGUUCAAUGGUUUUAUUUAUUUCCAAGUUACUCGUAUGCUCAACUAUGCGAGCCGUAUGGCUGCUGGCAUGUCGGAUCGACAGCGCCAAGUGGAGAUAAAAGCCGAUCUUAAGAUUAUGAACAGGCUGGGAUACUAUCCUCUGAUUUUAAUCGGUUCCUGGACGUGUGGGACAAUGAAUCGCAUCCAAAGCUUCAUUGCUCCACAGCGUCCAGUCUUCUGGCUGUGCUUGCUGGACGUAGGCACUGCCUCUCUCAUGGGCCUCUUCAAUUCCAUAGCCUACGGCCUCAACGCUGCUGUGCGGCGAACGCUACGAGAGAGACUACAACAAUACUGGCCAGAGCAGUACAGGUGGUCUAAGCUGCGAGGCUUUGCCGAAAGCGAAAUGACUCCAUUGAGCUCGUCUGACCCAGGGUCUCACCUGUAAAUGUCCUCCUUUUGGUCGUCCCUUGAUAGCUAGCACCGCGUGCUGCUCGACGAGUGGAAUAAAACGAUGAUGUAAGAUACUCUCCCGAAUUGACAGAGCAGAACGCACUUUACACGCAUCCUUGCUCAAGCAUCGCCUGCGCGACACGCAAGAAUCCAGCUACGUUGGCACCGUGGACUAGAGCUCUGCGAAUCACUGGUGAGUAGCCAGACAAAACAAAAAGAGAAAACAACUCACUCUGGCCCAUCUUUAGAGUGGCCACACGCUGCAGCUGCUGCCACGGACUUUUGAUAGAUGUCCCUCAUGAGCUCCUAAAUUGAAACGUUAAUAAACUGGAAAUAAAAAUGAUAGUACCUGUAA